AUGUUUGUUUCCCAGCGAUGGUUAGCAAAUUUGAUGUUCGUUAUUAUCGGUAUAACUAUUGGUUUAUUGCUGGCUUUCUUUCAAACACCUUCUGUAAAUUUUGAAAAGUUGAAAUGGCAACAGUUUUAUUCCAAUGAUAAUAAAUAUGGCGAUCCGCAUAUGGAAUCAGAAGUGGAUGAUUCGCAUGCUCCUGAAAAAGCUUUAUAUUUUCAUGAAAAUUUAUCCGAUCCACAUACUGGUGAUGACUCAUUAGCAAAGAAAAUUUCGUCACAAGUGCGUAUAUUUUGUUGGAUAUUAACUGGUAAGCAAAAUCAUGAUAAAAGAGUCAUCCAUGUAAAGGCAACUUGGGUUAAAAGGUGCAAUCGCUUUAUUUUUAUGUCUUCUGAAACCAAUGAAACACUGCCAUCAAUAAAUUUGAAUAUUUCGGAGGGGAGAAAUCAUUUAUGGGGAAAAACUAAAGCUGCAUUUAAAUAUAUAUAUACUCAUUACCUGAAUGGAUAUGACUGGUUUUUAAAAGCUGAUGAUGAUACAUAUGUGAUCGUUGAAAAUCUCAGAUUCAUGUUAUUAGCACACAGUCCUGAAGAGCCGGUAUAUUUUGGUUGUAAAUUUAAACCUUUUGUGAAGCAAGGUUAUAUGAGUGGUGGUGCUGGAUAUGUUCUAUCUCGUACUGCUGUCAAAAAGUUUAUCGAAGAAGCAAUGCCAGAUCCAUCAAAAUGUCGAGUCGAUGAAAGUGGAUCAGAAGAUGCUGAGAUUGGUAAAUGUUUAGAAAGGGUCGGUGUUAAGGCUGGUGAUUCGCGCGAUGCAGAAGGACGUUACAGAUUUCUGCCUUUUGUUCCUGAACAUCACCUUAUGCCGGGUCAUGUCGAUCCAUCUUUCUGGUUUUUCCAAUAUGUAUAUUAUCCCGUUGAUCAGGGCCCUGGGUGCUGCAGCGACUAUGCUAUUUCAUUUCAUUAUGUGAGUCCGAGCCUUAUGUACGUGUUGGAAUAUUUGAUAUAUCAUUUGCGACCAUUUGGUAUAUCAAAACUUGGCUCUGGCAAUAUGUCCAUCGAUAUGUCGAAUGCUUAUCGCUUAGCAGUUUUGAACAUGGGAAAAGACGAUGUAUUUAAAAAACCACUUCCUUUGGAUGUGCGGACGUAA